UGUAUCCACACAAUAGUUUUCAUGUCCAGAGGGAAAGUUCGGUCGGUGACAGAGGUGUGCGCAGAUUGUAGCGCCUCUGAUCCGACAUGGGCCUCUAUCAAUCGUGGAAUAUUUAUUUGUGAUGAAUGCUGCAGUGUUCACAGGUCCCUGGGGCGUCACAUCUCACAAGUCAAGUCUAUCACCAAGGGCCAAUGGAGUACCACUCUACUGGCUAUGGUCCAGCACCUGGCCAGCCAUGGAGCCAACAGUAUUUGGGAACAUUCGUUACUUGAUCCAUCACAGAGUAAACACGGAAAGAAAAAACCCACACCACGCGAUCAAGUACAUCCAAUUAAAGCUGAAUUCAUCCGAUCAAAAUAUCAAUUUGUACAGUUCAUCAACAAACAGAAAGAUGGGGAGGUCAACUCUAUCGACGAUCUUAGCAAGCAACUUCACUCAUGUGUACGAACAAACAACCUGGAGACCUGCCUCAGACUUCUGUCAAAAGGUGCCGAUCCUAACUACUUCCAUCCCGAGAAGGGAAAUUGUCCUCUACACGUGGCUGCUCAGAGUGGGCAGCCUCUCCAAGGAGAACUACUAGUCAUAUAUGGGGCAGACCCAGGUGCAUAUGAUGCCAACGGAAAAACACCUAUAGACCACGCAAGAACGGAGGGACAUAAAGACUUAGCUGAUAGGUUAAUAGAAUGCCAGUAUGAACUCACAGAUCGCCUCGCAUAUUACCUCUGUAAACGCAAACCAGACCAUAGAAAUGGCUGUCAUUUCAUCAUCCCAGAAAUGGCCGAUAAUACUUUAGAUAUGUCAGAAUUAGCCAAACAAGCAAAGAAAAAAUUACAAGCAUUACCCAAUCAUUUAUUUGAAGAAUUAGCAAUGGAUGUAUAUGAUGAAGUAGAUCGCCGAGAAAAUGAUGAACAUUGGACCGCUGCCCAUGAAAAUGCGUCCAUAGUCAGUGACAGACAGGGCGUACCAUUUCUUCCCCUAAAUCCAGACUUCUCUGCCACAAGAAACCAGGGUCGUCAGAAACUUGCCAGAUUCAACGGACGAGAAUUUGCUACAUUAGUGAUAGAUAUUUUAAAUGAUGCCAAACGACGACAGACUGGAGUCAUGUCCCCUGUACAAACACCUAAAGGUAAGCAAAGUUACAAUAACUUCUUCCCUAUCCUUUAG